AUGGCGUCGUACGGUGGGAGUCGGACCCUGAGCAAAGACGACGUGAAUUACCGGCUGCACUUUCGCAUGAUCAACGAGCAGCAGGUGGAGGACAUCACGCUGGAGUUCUUCUACCGGCCCCACACCAUCACCCUCCUCAGCUUCACCACCCUCAGCCUCAUGGCCUUCGCCUUCACCAGGGAUGAUACAACCCCAGAAGAUAAUAUCUGGAAAGGCAUCCUAUCUGUGAUUUUCUUCUUUCUUAUUAUCAGUGUUCUAGCUUUUCCAAAUGGUCCUUUCACUCGUCCACAUCCUGCAAUAUGGCGCAUGGUUUUUGGGUUGAGUGUUCUGUAUUUUCUCUUUCUGGUGUUCCUACUCUUCCUUAACUUUGAGCAGGUAAAAUCAGUAAUGUAUUGGCUGGAUCCUAAUCUCCGAUACGCUACAAGAGAAGCAGACAUAAUGGAAUAUGCAGUGAAUUGCCAUAUAAUCACGUGGGAACGAAUCCUCAGCCAUUUUGACAUAUUUGCCUUUGGACACUUCUGGGGCUGGGCAAUGAAGGCAUUGUUGAUCCGCAGUUAUGGUCUGUGCUGGACUAUUAGUAUUACCUGGGAGUUAACUGAGCUGUUCUUCAUGCACCUACUGCCUAAUUUUGCUGAAUGCUGGUGGGAUCAAGUCAUUUUGGACAUCCUGCUUUGUAACGGGGGUGGCAUCUGGUUAGGCAUGGUAGUUUGCCGUUGGUUGGAGAUGAGGACCUAUCACUGGGCAAGCUGCAAGGAUAUUCAUUCAACCACAGGUAAAAUCAAGAGAGCUGUAUUGCAGUUCACUCCAGCAAGCUGGACAUAUGUUCGCUGGUUUGAUCCCAAAUCUUCAUUUCAAAGAGUGGCUGGAGUAUACCUUUUCAUGAUUGUCUGGCAGUUGACUGAACUGAACACAUUUUUCUUGAAACAUAUCUUUGUUUUCCAAGCAAGUCAUCCCUUAAGCUGGGGUAGGAUCCUUUUCAUUGGAAUCAUCACAGCACCUACUGUCAGACAAUACUAUGCUUACCUGACAGAUACACAGUGCAAACGAGUAGGAACUCAGUGCUGGGUUUUUGGAGCUAUUGGUUUCCUUGAAGCUAUUGUAUGUAUCAAAUUUGGUCAGGACCUCUUCUCCAAAACGCAGAUAUUGUAUGUGGUGUUUUGGCUCAUUUGUCUGGCUGUUACUACUUUCCUAUGUUUAUAUGGAAUGGUUUGGUAUGCAGACCACUACGGACGAGAAAAGACUUUGUCAGAGAGUGAGGACAGCUCAUACAUUGCAGAUGCUUCCUGGUCUAACUCUAAAUUCUCUAGAGGAAUGGAAGAGAGUCCACCUAAACACUCCAACUAUAAUGAGAACCAUUCAUCUAGGAGGAGGAAUCGCCAUUCAAAAACAAAAGUAACCAACGGGAUUGGCAAAAGAUAGAGGGGGGAAAGAAAGCAAGAAAAAGAAGGAUGGUCAGUUUCUAGAUUUGUUCGGGAAGUGUGCCUGAAAGCAAAGAAGCGAAACGGCCUGGUUCUGCAUUCCUUGCUUGAAGGUCAACUCAAGAAGAGGAGGAGAUGGAGAGGACAUCUUCAGCAACCAGCAGCCUUGGACCUUCUUAAAAUGGAGCUCAUUCAUGUGUUGCAAAUCAUUAGCUGCUGUCGCUUGCCAGUCACUGGCUUCCAGCUAACUUCUGCACUUGACACUCAGACCAGUAAUCCUAUCUUUUUAACGGCAAAACCGUUACUUCUCCCCUGAGGAGCUCAUGUCAUAGUCUUUGUUGAAGUAGUAUGAAAGACUUCUUGAAGGCCUCUAGUUGAAAAGAAUAACCCAAAGUCAGCCAGCGGUCAGUUGGUUUUGUUUUGUUAUACUUUUUAAAUUUGUAUUUUUGUUUAUUUGUGUUGUUUAACAGAUUUAGUGUGAUGGGAAGAGGAUUGAAAGAUAACCCUGCCUUCCUUCUUGAUCUAACAGCUAAACUUAACCUUUUAGGAAAGGAAUCUUCCCAGAUUUCGAUCAGCAGGGUGGCAAGUGUUAGAAAUUGUAUUCCUAAUUCUGUCCACUAUAUAUACAUGUUUAUAUAUGUAUAUUUCUAUCGAAUAUUCAUUGUUUUUAUUCUCAUCUAGACAUUCAUACUAUUCUCUUCCACAGCCAGGGUUGUUCCUGCCCAUAUUGGAAAGGCAUGGACCCAGACUCAAAGACAUAUUUGCACUCUUUGUUUCCUUUUUUUUGGGGCAUGUAUGUAUUCUGUACAUUUAUAAUACGACAGGCAUAUCAUACUAUGCAAACAGGUUCUUCUUGAUAGAUAUGAAUUCUUAAUAGCUACUAAAUGAUCCUAGUGUUCAUGUAGAAUGAAUUCUUAAAGGUUUGCAAAUCUGAUAAGAUUGUCUGCCCAGAACAAUUCUGCACUAAUACGCUUUGUUUGACCCCCUUUUUACAACCUCACUAAUCACUCCCCACCUCCGGCCAGUUUUAUAGAGUGCGUCAAUUGUUUGUUUGUUUACGCAGUGGCUUUGUUAAAAAAGAUACUAUGAAAUAAACUUCUUGAUUACAAAACAGGCUCAUUUCCAGAAAAGAGAACUGGCACCAUAAUUUAGCCCCCUAGAUUGAGCUAUUAGACUUUUUAAAAAAAGAAAAGCAUGACCUUUUAGAGAUCAUAACCUUUUAGAGAAGAGCCAAAAACCUGUUUGAGUAGAAUCUUCUCAAGUUGUAUACAACCAAAUGUAAUUAUGCACUUCAGUUGUUCAAGUGAAUAACCUAUUGUCUCUGAUCUGUUGAGAAACAGAGAAUAUGGUAGUACAUAAAAAUAGCAGUUCUUCAGAAGUGUUUUUCAGUGCCCCAAAAUAUAUCUGUUCUCCCAUAAAACAAUUUGUUUUAUAUUAUGCACUCAAGAGACAAAAUAAAGUAGGCUUUAGUAAAGAUAACAUAUUUGGUUUACUUACAAUCUUCAAGUGUUCAGCAUACACAGGUACACAACUUAUCAGUUACAGAUAUGUUUGAGAUAGUUUCUGUGCCAUCUGGUCAGAACAUCUCUCUUACAAUAAACAGCAAGUGUUUGCAAGUUUUGAUCUGAGCUGUCUCAAAGUCCAAAGAAGUCUGUGCUCUGCUUUUCUCAGAGUGGAUCAUCUGGUCUGCAGCCCCUCUCACAACUUCUCAGGAAAACAUAGAGCAAGGAAAGAAAGCUGCAUACCAGAACAUACAUACAAUGUAAACAACAGGAUUAUAGAUAAAUUACUAUAGGAGGCUUGAAGAAGGUUAUAAUUUCCAACAUUUUUACCUCGAGUUUAUUUUCUGUUUUUAGUCAGCCUUUCUUUGAGUGUGCCAAUUAGGUUGUGUUGGGUGGUUAUUCCAGAAGAUUUGGCAGAAGUGACAAAUUAAGUAAGAAUCUACAUACUAAUCAUAAUACGUCAUCCAGAGAGUGCUGCUUGCUGUGAUAUAUGGCACAGAAUGUGCACUGCAAGUUCUGAAAGAUCAUCAAGACUUCAGCAUACAAGUAAAGUAACUGAAAAUAGAAAAUAACCCCAUAAUCCAUUAUGUUUAAUGUGCCGCAGAAGACCAGCUUUUUGAAUGCAGACACAAUACAGCAGCUAAUCAAUGAAAACUUUUGCUUUUCAAUCAUAAAUGUGCAACCUUUCUCACCCAAAGCUGCUAUAUCCAGUUUGCUGCCACUCUGCUAAAUGUUUCAGGUUGGAUAAAUAUAUAUAUGCUUAGAGCAUCUAUUUCUCCAGCAUAUCUUGUUUUCUCAUUUGUAUUCUGAAGUUGUGAACUGAUAACUUCCUUGUGUUCUUGGCAUGCUGCACAAUUCUUGAAUGUAUUUCAUUUGGAUGUUUCAGUCUUAUCUUAGAAUUCCUUGUCAUUUCCAAUGUGUUUUUCUGUUUUUCAAGACCAAAGCUGGAAGAUUUUAAGGUUCUUGGGGAAUAUUCCAAAUAGUUUAGUAUCGUUAAGAAUAAUACCUUCUAAAGAACCUACCCUUUUCUGCAGAGCUUAGAAUAUUCAAAAGUCUGGUUUUCCAGGAGUCAAUAAUAAAGUACCUGUUCACUCGGCUAAAGAUGUGGCCAGUAGUGCUGUUUCAUGUCCAAAGGUCACUUUUGUCAACUAAAACUAGCAUUUCUAUGCACUGUUCUUUCAAAUACAGGCUGGAGUUUGCCUGUAUUAAAGACUGUAUAUGUGCUGGUCUUUUGCUAUAGCAGGUCUGGUAUACGCACAAAUCUUUAUGGAUCCAGGCCUCUGUGCAUUUCAUUAUUAAUACCAAGGAAUAGUAGAGUAUGACUGUGAAUGAGUUCAGAGGACUAGCAUUCCUUAACCUAUGUAGAAAGCAACAAGUAUCCUACCAUUUGAAACAUAAAUUAUAUAAACAAAAUAUUGCAUGAACUAUGGGCAUUUUCUGCAAAGCCAUCAGGUUAUCUUCUCUCAAGGUAAUACGUACUGUCUGGUUUCAUACUCAGUUUGCAGGGUGAUACAAUUACUCUGUUUUCCGUGGCUAUGAGGCCCAGCCAACCUAGUAAAAAUAGGGAAACAGGGCUUUUUCAAGUCUUGAGAUACAGUGGAGUCACACUUGAGGGUUUUCUCCCUUAACUAGUGAGAUCUACACGUGAGCUGUAAUACAGCUAAAUCCUAGUAUUGAGAACUUUUGGAGGUACUGAUUUGCACCCAUUUGUAUGUUUUUAAAUCUGCUUUCUUUUUGCUUUUUUCAUGACCGCUUUCUUUUAUUUUUCUACUUCUGUACAAUCCAGGUUGUGAUGGUUUCUUUCUCACAUUAAUCAUUUACAGUAUGUGUAUUGAAGAAGCGGAUGACCUGGUUCCUCCGGAGACUGCCAUAUCGGUCAUUGAUGGGGGUGGCGGGAAGAAGGAGGCAUUAACCUUCUAUUCCAUAACAUAAAGUUAAUGGGUGAUGUUGGCGGGGACAAGCUCUGAUGCAAAUAAUUGAUUGUGGUGAGUUUUUAAAAUUAAGAAUUAAGAUCAAAAAGAAUACAAAACAGGAAUGGAAAAAUCUAGCCACCCAAGUAAGCCUAUUGCCAACUGCUAGUAUCAUACCCAGUCAAACCUGGGUACACCCUGUUAUGUAUGAAAAAACGGUGUCUUAAUGCAUACAUUGAAUUUGGUUUCAGUUCUGCCUUUGGUUAUUCACCUGUGAAAAAUAAAGUCCUGAAUGCCUGGGA